AUGGACGACGAUCAGCAGUUCUGCCUGCGCUGGAACAACCACCAGAGCACGCUGAUCAGCGUAUUCGACACGCUGCUGGAAAACGAGACCCUAGUCGACUGCACGCUCGCCGCCGAGGGAAAGAUCCUCAAGGCCCACAAGGUGGUUCUGUCCGCCUGCAGUCCCUACUUUGCUACCUUACUCCAAGAACAGUAUGACAAGCACCCGAUCUUCAUACUCAAGGAUGUCAAGUACCAGGAGCUCCGCGCCAUGUUGGACUACAUGUACCGCGGCGAGGUCAACAUCUCACAGGACCAGCUGGCCGCACUUCUCAAGGCAGCCGAGUCGCUGCAGAUCAAGGGUCUGUCCGACAACCGCACCGGCGGUGGCAGCUCCGCGGCCGCCCCCAAGCCAGAGUCCUCUCAGCAUCAUCGCGGUGGCAAGAUGAGCGGCGCCUACACUCUGGAACAGACAAAGCGCGCUCGCCUGGCCACCGGCGGGGCAAUGGACACCUCUGGGGAUGUGUCCGGAUCGCGCGAGGGCUCGUCUAGUCCGUCGCGCCGUCGUCGAAAAGUCAGACGUCGCAGCCUGGAGAACGAUGCCCAAGACAACUCCAACUCGUCUGUUCUGCAGGCCGCCGCCUCGAAUCAGUCUAUCCUCCAACAGACAAGCGCAGGCCUCGCCGUCUCCGCCCUGGUCAGCACCCAGAUGCCCGGCGGCGGCAGCAACGUGGCCGGCACCAGCCAAGUCCCGACCCAGCAGCAGCCAUUGACCAGCACCAACGUUACCAAAAAGACUGAAAGCGCUAAACUAACAUCAUCGACAGCCGCCCCAGCUCACGCCGCCACUGCGACAGCAGCCGGCCAGCAGCAACAACUGCUGCAGCAGCAGACCAGCGAUGCCAUCAACACCGAGAACGUACAACCACAGAGCCAAGGCGCCCAAGGCGACGUCGGUGAUGCCGAGGAUAUGGAGGAGGCGAGCGCAGCUGCCGGGGGCGUCACUCCGGCCGCUUCAGGCGCUGGUGCGUCCGCUGGAGCCGUGCACACUGGUGUCGUGGUCAAGCAACUGACAGCCGUCGUCGAUAAGUCAUCGUCCAAUCACAAACAGAAGGUCAAGGACAACAGCGUGUCGCCCGUGGGCUCGGAAAUGGUUAUCGAACCCAAGGCCGAAUACGAUGACGAUACGCACGACGAGAAUGUUGAGGACUUGACACUGGACGAGGAGGAUAUGACAAUGGAGGAGCUGGACCAGACGGCCGGCACCAGCCAGGGUGGCGAAGGAUCUAGUCAAACAUAUGCAACAUGGCAACACGACAGAUCUCAGGACGAACUCGGACUUAUGGCACAGGAUGCACAGCAACGGGAUCCACAAGAUCUGAGUAUUACGCGCAUUGCGGGACUCACCUGGAACGAGUGGAACGCUCGGCUGGCAAUGCCCCUGGUCACCCUAAGCGAAGGCGUGCAGCCCCUGGUCUUUCCCACAGACCUCUCUGUCGAGAAGCAAUCCCAGAGCCUGGUCCUCAAGGAGCCGCUCGGUGAACGAAAUACGCCCACAGAUUGUGUGCCCAAGAGCGAGCCCAGUGCCGCCUCUACGCCGCGUAACCACAGCGGUCACAGCAGCGGAAAGCCCCACAAGACCAGCGGUGGUGGGAAGCUCAAGCACCUCACCGAGGAGGAAGCCACCUCCCUGAUGCUAAAGGCAGUGGCCGAGAAGCAAGCGGCUGCGGCGGCGGCAGCGGCGGGGGCCAACACCAGGGCCGAGCUGAGCUACGGCGAUGAUCAGGCCAGCUCCGGGAAUGGCAACAGCAGCGACUACCAGGCCAACCUAAGUGGAGGCGUGACCUUUGCGGAUGUUGGCGGCCCAGCUGGACUUUGCCAUAUCAACAUCCUGAACAGCAUCAGCGCCAUGAACAAUCUGAUUAGCGGCAGCACGGCAGGGAAGGCUGGCGGAUCGGUGGUCGGACUAGCUGGGUCCGGAUCGAGCGCGACCCCAUCCAACGGCAAUAACAACGGAUCACUGGGCGGAGCCGACAAUGGUGCUGGACACCCAUGCCCAGUCUGCGGCCGUGUCUACAAGCUGAAGUCCUCGCUGCGGAACCACCAGAAAUGGGAGUGCGGCAAGGAACCGCAGUUCCAGUGUCCCUUCUGCGUGUACCGGGCCAAGCAGAAGAUGCACAUAGGUCGCCACAUGGAGCGCAUGCACAAGGAGAAGUUCAAGCUGGAGGAUGUGAAAAGCUUCGCUGGCUCUGAAGCCCUAGAUGGCGAUAGCAGUGGAGUGGGCGGAGGAGGAGUCACUGCUGCAACCGUGGCGGCAGCCGCAGCGGCUGCCCUGGCUAGUGCCACGGAGCUGCAUCCGCACUUCUCAUAAAUGGAGGAUAAAGAGUUAAAGUUGAGCAGUUAUUACGAGUACGAUGAAGAAAACUAAAUCUAAACAGAAUCAGGGAUUAUCAAAUAGAAGAAAAUUAUGUAAAGCACGAAAUCACACACCAUGCUCUCGGGAAAACGGAAUCAGUGUGCCAAAUUAAUUUUAACAAACCAACCAACAAACAAAGUAACAAACAAGAAAACAAAACAAAAUACGAAAAUGAAAUAAUGUUUUAAGAUGCCUGAAAAUUUCGAUAAAAGUGUUCGAGAGGAAGAAAACAAUUUGUUGCAAAGCACAAACAUUUACGCCAUUUCACAUAUUAUACUUUUUUUUUGUUAUUUGUUAUUAAUUGUUUACACAAAACCGAUUUGAAAAUCUAUAAUUUCUACAACUUGGAGCAACCGUAAGAGCAACAGAAACGUGAUCAGUAAAAUGAUUUUACACAAUAUAAUAAAAUUUUAAAAUUGCAACAUUCCACAAAACGAAAGAAGAAAGACAAAUCUUGUACAAUGAAACGGUUUUGGAUUAGCGAAAUAUAUAGUUUAGCCUAGCUCUACAUACAUACAUAUACAUAGACAUAGACACAUACAUAUAUAAAAGAUGUAUAGCCAGGGAGCAGCAGUAGUAGUAGCAGCAGCCAACUCAAUGGAUAUGUAAGAUGAAAAAGUAACGAGAACUCAGACCAUAUUAAGAUAUUACUAGGGAAAGGCACACGAAAACGAGCCCAGAACGGUACUCGUUACCUUUACCUGUAGCCUGAUGCACGGCGUAAUGUGCGUGGAGUUUAACCGAUAGAUAUUUAUUCCACCACCCUAGAUACAGUGCAGACGUAAACAAUGCAUUAGCCCUCAAUUUAUUGAACAGCUCAACAAUUAAAAAGUCCACGUGGGAAUACUUUAAAGAUCAUGGCAGAGCUUCUUACUAGAUGCCUGUACAUGGAUCAAGGGGAAGAAUCCUUUGGAAACCCAUAGUAAUUUAUAGCAGUGCCAAAACAGAUUCAGACCAGGUUCCCACACAUAAAGUCAGUCAGUCAAUCAAUCAGUCAGUCAGUCAGUCAGUAAUUAGCCUCUUUAAACAACAAUUUACCUCAAGUUGAAAUAUUUGCUAUUAUGACGAUGUCUUAGGCUAAACACAACAUGUACUAAGCUCAAAAACAUUUUAUAGAGUUAGUGUAAGAGAGGGUGGGAGAGCGCGUUUGGUAGUCAACGAAGAAAGUGCCUUCACAAAUGGAUGGAAACCAGAAGCAAUUCGCGUAAAUUGUAAUUUAAAAUCUACGAUAAGCAAACGUUCGUAGUUGUGUAAAGCCAUAUAAAGUAGGUUAAGGCAGGAAUUUAAGUAAAAGUCAAGAGGAUGAGGAUGAGCAGGAGGUCAGGAUUUAAAUGGUCUUUAGACAUUUAAACUCAGGUACUUAGUUGGAGGUCGGGAACGGGAAUCCCAAUUCAAUAACUCAAACACAAAAGCAAGAAAAGAUCAAGUAGCUGAGCUACUGAAUACACGACAACGACAACCACAACAGCAACAGCAACUACAGCACUACAUAAACGGAAACAACAAUCAACAAAACACCGCCACAAAUACGUCACAUGCACUUUAUUUAUUAUUUUUUUGAUACCUUAUUAAUACGAUACGAAUGUGUGCGAUAACUAAUAUAUUACUCGGCACAUUCAUAAGUAGUCAAGCCUAAUUUAUUUUAUACCUUGCUUUCCACUACAACGAAAUACAUUCCAUAGAUGAUUUUAUUAAGCUUUAAUUACAACGACAACAGCUCC